AUGUUUAUUUUCGGACGGCCCCAACCCUCACAUCGCAUGAUUCUAGUGCUUAUCGUGCUGGGCUCAGGUGCUUAUCGUGCUGGGCUCAGGUGCUUAUCGUGCUGGGCUCAGGUGCUUAUCGUGCUGGGCUCAGGUUCUUAUCGUGCUGGGCUCAUGUGCUCACAUUCGCACUCCCCCUUGCUCCCCUCCCCCGUUCUCCACGACACAUGCAUCUUUUCCUCCCCCCCCACAUCACCUUCCGCCCUCACGCUCGUUUUCCAACCUCACUGCCGCUUCAGCAGCUCGUGUUUCAUGCAGCCGCGCAGCACCGUUGCUCCACACAAUCCUUGCUGCGCCGCACCCUGUGCCCUUUCUUUCUCCCCACACACAGGCAACCCCUUUUCGCACGCCAUACAAGUUUCACCCCCCCUGCUUCCCCCACACUCACUCAUGCUCGCCUUGCUGCUGCGCACCCCCUACCUCCUGCACCUUCCUCCCCCCUGCAUGCUUCCUCCGCCUGCGCCGCUACCCUCCACAUACGCCCCUCCCUUUCCCCGUCCUCUCAGGGGGCCACACGGCGGAGAUGCUGUGUGUGGUGGGCGCCCUGGACCACACACAUACGUGUUCACCCUCCCUGCUCCUUCCACAAUUACUCCCUUCCGCCCCGCGCCCCUGCCUUUCCUCCGCCCCCUCAGGCGGCCACACGGCGGAGAUGCUGUGUCUGGGGGCCACACGGCGGAGAUGCUGUGUCUGGUGGGUGCGCUGGACCACGGGCGCUACAGCCCGCGCUGCUACAUCGCUGCUGCCACCGACGCCAUCAGCCUGCCCAAGGCACGCCAGCUAGAGCAAGCCCUCGCACAGGAAGCGCCUGCUCCCGCCUUGCCUGUCCCGCCCCCCUCGUACCUAUCGGUGUAUCGGAGUCGAGAGGUGGGGCAGUCAUACCUCACCUCAGUGCUCACCACCAUCGCCGCCACGCUGCACGCCAUGCUGCUUGUGGCGCGUGUCAGACCCCAACUGCUGCUCUGCAACGGGCCGGGCACCUGCCUGCCAAUCUGCAUCGCCGUUUUCACACUGCAUGUGCUGGGAGUGCAGAGCAGCAGCAUCGUGUUUGUGGAGAGUGUAGCACGAGUGGACCACCUGUCGCUCACAGGCCGCCUGCUGCACCGCCUGGGCAUCGUAGACCGGUUCUUCGUGCAGUGGCCGCACCUCACCAGCUCAUGCAAGGGCACCCACUAUCUGCUGCCCCGCGCCCCGCUGCCCUGCGCGCUGCUGCCCCGCGCCCCGCUGCCCCGUGCGCCGCUGCCCCACGCGCUGCUGCUCCGUGCGUCGCUGCCCCGCGCACUGCUGCCCCGCGCGCUGCUGCCCUGCGCGCCCCGCUGCCCCGCGCACCGCUGCCCUGCGAGCUGCUGCCCCGCGCCCGCUGCCCUCCGCGCUGCUGCCCCGCGCCCCGCUGCCCCGUGCGCCGCUGCCCCACGCGCUGCUGCUCCGUGCGUCGCUGCCCCGCGCCCUGCUGCCCCGCGCGCCGCUGCCCCGCGCGCCCCUCUGCCGUGCGCCGCUGCUGCCCGUGCGCUGCUGCCGCCUGUGCGCCGCACCGCUGCUGCUGCCGCCCUUGCACCCCUGCCGCCCGCGCGCCGCCCAAACCCAACCCUAGCACUAACCAAGGUGUACACCACCUAG